UGCCCGAUCACUCCGGCGUGGAUUGCUCUAGCCUGAACUGCUUCCUGUCUCUGGUAUGGAUUGCUCUGCCCUGUCCUCCAGCCUCAGCAGUGGCUGCUUGAGCGCAUCGCUCCGGUCUCCCCGUGCCGGCCGUUAGUGCGGGGCUCCGGGUAGCGACAGCGUCCGCAGCGCGAUGGCUCCGCAGAGGCGGGCGGGGCCCAAGGCUGCCGAGAGCGGCGGGGGCAGCGCGGGGACCUGGGCGGACAGGGGGGAGCGGAGGCGCCUCAGCAGUGUGAGGAAAAGCAGAGCCCACCAAGAAUCACGGAGGAAGUGGCUGAAAGUCGCAUUCCUAGUCUCCUCUGCUGUCCUCGUUAGCCUCUUGAGCUGGAGCUACUUGGUCAGCGAAGAUGGGGUCGCCGAGGUUCUGGCUCAUUACAGCGAAAGUCUGCAGGACAGAUUCAUUGAGGUGCCCUGCUCCGAGGACUAUGACAGCCAUAAAAGAUUUGAAGGGUGCACUCCUAGAAAGUGUGGAAGAGGCAUAACAGACGCAGUAAUCACCAGGGAGGAAGCUGAAAGAAUCCGUAGAAUAGCGGAGAGGGGACUGUCCUUGGGAGGAUCUGAUGGAGGGGCUUCAAUCUUGGAUUUGCAUUCUGGAGCUCUUUCAGUGGGGAAGCAUUUUGUUAAUCUGUACAGAUACUUUGGGGAUAAAAUUCAAGAAGUCUUUACAGAAGAGGAUUUCCAGUUAUACCGUGAUGUAAGGCGGAGAAUUCAGCAAACAAUAGCUCAGGCAUUUGGUAUCAGCUCUUCUUCCAUGUAUCUGACCAAGCCAACCUUCUUCUCAAGAAUAAACAGCACAGAGGCCAAGACAACGCAUGAUGAGUACUGGCACCCGCACAUUGACAAGGUAACCUACGGAUCCUUUGACUAUACAUCGCUGCUUUAUCUGUCUGACUACACUGAAGAUUUUGGUGGCGGACGAUUUGUGUUCAUGGAUGUCGGUGCUAACAGGACUGUAGAACCCCGAGCAGGUCGGGUUUCCUUUUUCACCUCUGGGUCGGAGAACCUUCAUCGAGUGGAAAAGGUUCGCUGGGGCACUCGUUAUGCCAUUACCAUCUCCUUCACUUGCAAUCCCGACCACGGCAUUGAGGAUCCAGUCUUAACGUAAUCCGUCCUGGGAGAGAAUGUGAGGUCGAAUGGAAUGAUAGGAGAAGCCCUGUGAGGGGAGAAAAUGGAGAUAAUUUCCUGUGUAAAUUCCCAAUCAAUUAAAAUUUCCCUACCUGUAUUUAAUAUAAUGUAACAUCAUUUUCACACAUCUUCCUCCAUAAGUGUUGCAAACAGUGCCUUAAGGACCAUAUGUAAUUCAACAUUCUGUUAAAAAAGGGUUUUGUUUUUUUAUUCAUCCAAUUGAGGAAACAAGACCUUUUUUAUUUUAGGUUACUUUGCUUUGAGGAAUGCAGAGAAAACAUAUUGAACCAAGUUCUGCUGGGCCCUAUGCCAUUGUUAGCUGGUGUAACAGACCAGAAUUUGGCCCUUUAAAUCUUGUCAUCUCCAUCCUGUCACAACACCUAAGGGUAUGUCUACACUACGAAAUUAGGUCGAAUUUAUAGA